UCUACUCCCUCCCUCUCUCUCUCUCUCUCUCUCUCUCUCUUCUCUUCCCCCUCUGUAUCUCUCUCCCUCUAGCUUUCUCUCUCUCCUCUUGACACCUUGUAUGUCUCCCCUCUUUCACUACCCCAUCAAAAUUUACCUUCUUUCUCGACCACUUAAUUCUCUGUAGCCCUUCUAUGUCUACGUCUGCACCCACUCUCUGUAGCUCUUCUGUUGUUUUUCUCCACCCAUCUCUCUCUCUCCCUGGCCCCUCCCUCGGUUGUGACUCAGAGCACACAGGCUCUCUGCUCUUCUGUGUUAAGCAGGAACGUUCAGCAGCUGUUCGGCACAUCUGGAGCUCCAGAGACUCGUUGCCCUCACACCAGGAGGACCCCGGCCCCACACACACAACUGCAGGAUGCCGUUCGGAGGAGGAAACAAGUGUGGCUGCUGCCAGAAGACUGUGUACUUUGCAGAGGAGGUUCAGUGCGAGGGGCGGAGCUUCCACAAGUCCUGCUUCCUGUGCAUGGUGUGCAAGAAGAACCUGGACAGCACCACCGUGGCAGUCCACAUGGACGAGAUCUACUGUAAGGCCUGCUACGGAAAGAAGCAUGGGCCAAAAGGCUACGGUUAUGGUGGGGGAGCGGGAACGCUGAGCAUGGACACGGGCGAAUCCCUGGGCAUCAAACACGAAGAACCAGCGGCGCAUCGUCCCACCAACAACCCCAACCCGUCCAAAUUUGCGCAGAAGUUUGGCGGCUCGGAGGUGUGCCCGCGGUGCGGCAAGGCGGUGUACGCCGCGGAGAAGGUGGUGGGGGCCGGCAGCGCCUGGCACAAGAGCUGCUUCCGCUGUGCCAAGUGUGGCAAAGGCCUGGAGUCCACCACCCUGGCCGACAAGGAGGGCGAGAUCUACUGCAAAGGCUGCUACGCCAAAAACUUUGGUCCCAAAGGCUUCGGGUUCGGCCAGGGCGCGGGGGCGUUGGCACACGCCCAGUAGGGGGCGGACUCGAGCGACGAGGUCAUCUGGGGGCGCAUUCCCGUAAUCCUGUGUAAUCAUGACAUCAGCACUCGCCAAGGGCCGAAGAGCUCUGAGUCACCAGGGCGGACCUGCCUGCGCUAAAGAAAGCUGUCUCUCCUCACGCACACUUCCCUCUUAGGCUCGCUGCAUACUCUACGCAAGGAACGCGCGCAACCACGCAACAAGCAACGCAUUUUUCAUAGCAAAUUGCGCGGUCCAAAUUUCUUAACGCAACGCAAAUAUGUGCUGCACUUCCACACAUUUCCGUUAGAGGCACUAAAUGUAAAUACUGUCCAACGAACAACUAAAAACUAUUAACAGUCACCAAGGUUACUCGCCCCAACCAGACUGGCCUAGGCUGCCCCCUUGUGGAUCAGCGGUGUGUAACCUCAGACAGGGCUAAAGCCGGUGAGCGUGCGUGCGGUAUGUAAACACGGCUAGCGUCCCAAAUGUGAGCUGGCGUUUGCGCACCUUGUGUAGAGUACGUACUAGGCCUUAAAGUGGAAGGAUACAAGCUCCAUUGAUUCCUACAGGGAUACCAACAUGCUUCAGUCUAAAAUAACUAAAAUGGCUUCAAGCUGACAGAUAAAGCAGGCCUCCAAAACUCAACUCUAGACAUCUGCACGUUUUGCAUUGUAAGUGUCUUUAGUAUUGGGAAUGUCAGGAAUGUUUUAACCAUUACUUACACUCCUCAUUCCCCAAUCAUCUCCAUUUAAGGGAAAGAUACCGCAGCGCACGGGUCGGACAGGAAGUGACAGUAUAGCUGCAUUCCAACCCAUUUCCUUCUGCACGCGCUCCCUGCUCCCUAAUUCCCAGCGCAAGGUUGCCUAGGAGACCAAACCAGGAGUGAACACAAUGGAAUGCUACCCAAAACACGGUGACCGCAUGCAAGGGCCGCUCACACAGCAUCGACAGCCAAUCACACAGCAUUGACAGCCAAUCACACAGCAUCGACAGCCAAUCACACAGCAUCGACAGCCGCUCACACAGCAUCGACAGCCAAUCACACAGCAUCCACAGCCAAUCACACAGCAUCCACAGCCAAUCACACAGCAUCCACAGCCAAUCACACAGCAUCCACAGCCAAUCACACAGCAUCGACCGCCAAUCACACAGCAUCGACCGCCAAUCACAGAGCAUCGACAGCCAAUCACUGCCUUCAGAUACCGCUACAGCACACCUCUGCUCGCAAAUACCUUUUUACAGUAUCUCCAAGAUAUGUAACACCAAUAUUUUCCAUAGAUAGCCCUUUUUUAUGUUACAAAAUCAAAAUAUUCUGCCACCUUGUGUGAGUGCUUGGGCAGAUGUUGCGAAGCUGCGAUUUCAACUAAUGCAUCAUUUAAAUCAGAAAUGCAAUGGAGGCUGUAUAAAUAAUAAUGUAUUAUCGACAAUUAAAACCGCAACAUGUAAAGAAA